CUUGAACCUGUCAGAGAAGACCCACUCGUCUCUUCUCUCUUUCUUCCAGAUUUAUUAAUAAAUAAACUCUUUUAUUAAAGAUGUCUACUUUUAAACAUCUACUCUGCCGCGCGCCGCCUGCACUGACGCGGUUGUCGCGCGGCAGGAACGCGGACAAACGCGUCACUUUGCCUUUAAACUUCAGAGAGAGUUGUGGCUUUAGCUCGUCUGCUGCGCUGUCACUCAGUGGAGCCCAUGAAAACAAACCGAGCUCCAGGUGCUACGCGACCACAGCCUCGACCAAACCCGUCCGGAUCGGCUGUGCCUCCGGGUUCUGGGGGGAUACAGCCACUUCAGUGCCUCAGCUGAUCUACAGUGGGAAGCUGGACUUCCUGGUGUUUGACUACCUCAGUGAGAUCACCAUGUCUCUGCUCACCGCCGCCAAGACCAAGAUGCCCAAUCUGGGUUACACUCCAGACUUUGUUCAGGUCGCCCUCGCUCCGUUCAUCAACGACAUCCACAGAAAAGGUAUCCGUGUGGUCAGCAAUGCUGGAGGCGUGAACCCGCUGGCGUGUGCUGAAGCCAUACAGGAAGUCGUAAAAAAGGCCGGCCUAGAUAUGAAGAUCGCCGUGGUGACGGGAGAUGACCUUAUGCCCCAUAAAGGGAGUCUGUCUGAAGUAAAGAUGGCGGACGACAGCAGUAGACGGCCGUUACCUAAAACGCUCCACAGCAUGAAUGCUUACCUCGGGGCUGAGCCAAUCCGUCGCUGUCUGGAUCUGGGCGCACACAUCGUGAUCACAGGUCGCUGUGUGGACAGCGCCGUAGCUCUGGGGCCGCUCAUGCACACCUUUGGAUGGCAGAAAAACGACUACGACUUACUGGCAGCUGGGAGUCUUGCAGGUCACCUGAUCGAGUGUGGCGCUCAGAGUACCGGUGGGAUCUUCACCGACUGGCACAAAGUUCCUGACUGGGACAACAUGGGUUUCCCGGUGGUCGAGUGCUCCAGCGACGGCUCCUUCAUUCUCUCCAAACCUCCAAAAACCGGAGGCCUGGUCUCCUUCGGCACGGUGGCGGAGCAGCUGGUGUACGAGAUCGGAGACCCUCGGCGGUACCUGCUACCUGACGUCAUCUGUGACUUCAGCCAGGUGGCGCUGAAGAAAGUUCCAGGUGUAGAGGGCGGAGCUGUCAGGGUAAUGGGAGCCAAAGGCUUCGCUCCAUCACCUGACUACAAGGUGUGUGCGACCUACAUGGAUGGUUUCAGGGCGACGGCGGUGUGUCCGGUUGGAGGGCCGAGGGCGACGGAGAAGGCCAGACGGACCGCUGAGAGCAUCAUCAAACGGACGAAGCGAAUUUUCAAACAGCUGGGAUUGGAAGAUUUCAGCUCCGUCAACAUCCAGGUCCUCGGAGCCGAGGACACGUACGGGGACAACGCCCGCACAAAGGGCUGCAGAGAGGCCGUGCUGUGGAUGGCCGUUCACCACAAACAGAAAAAAGCUCUGGAGCUGUUUGCACGUGAAGUCGCUCCUGCAGGAACUGGCAUGGCUCCUGGACUGACAGGCAUCGUGGGCGGACGACCCCGAGUGUCUCCUGUCCUGAAGCCGUUUUUCUUCCUGCACCCUAAAUCCCAGCUGAAGGUGGACAUUCACGUCAAUGGAGAGAUGGUGGAGUCUCUCACAGAGGAGGAGUCACACACACCUGAGGAGGAGGCUCCGCCUACCUCAGAGGAGGAGGUACCAGACAAAGAGCUGCCCAGUGGACCUCACAGCUACAGACUGGAGGAGCUGGCCUACACGAGGAGUGGAGACAAAGGAGACUCGGCUAACAUUGGAGUGAUAGCUCGCCAUCCGCUCUUCUUCCCCUACCUGAAGAAACACCUGACUUCUUCUGUGGUGGAGGAAUACUUCUCCCACCUCAUCCAGCCUGGGACGAACAAUGCCGUCACACGGUAUACACUCCCAGGGAUCCAUGGCCUUAACUUCGUCCUAAAGAAUUCACUAGGAGGGGGAGGGGUGGCCUCCCUACGCAGCGACCCCCAGGGCAAAGCUUAUGGUCAGAUGCUGCUGGACCUGAAGCUACGAGGACUCCCCGACCUCAAAUCACUGGUCGACUGAAAGACAGAGACACUCAAAGACAGCAGGAGGUAACGGCGGAGAGAGCUGGACUACAGGAGACUUUAAGAGAUGCUUAUCUCGACUCGAACACAGGAGAAUCAUGUCAACAAGACUUUACCUUUAACAGGUCCUCAAAAACAAAAUGAAGCUGAUAUUUUAUAAACCUAACCUUACUGGGCUUCAAAGUCUAAUCAAAUCCUCACUGAGACCCACAACAAAGCAUCCAGGAAGUAAAAAUGCUUUCAUCAGGUUUACAAGGACAACUUUAACUCUUUAAAUCACCUGAAGCACCUUGAAGAGAAAGAAACACCUCUCAGAAUUUUUAGGAACAUUUCACAACUAAAGGUUGUCAUUAUCAGCUGAUGAGGGUUAUUAUUCAGCCCAGAAGCCGGUUUAUUUGGGUUUCCAUCAUCAAAUCUUCUAUUUUGUUUACAAAGCUCAAAUAUCAGGCAAACAUUUGGGUAGGAAAGUUGAAUUAAGUGACGUUUUUGCUGCCUUUUGCUCCUUUUUUGGCCUUUUUUACCCAUCAUUGCCUAUUUUUUUGCCACUUUUAUCUAAUUUUUGCAAUAAAAAAGUGGGUCUGAAUUGGCAGAGUGUUGGAAAAAAAAUGGUGGAAAAGUGGUCCAAACGCCAAUUUAUUUGAGUGUUUGUCAACAAAUUUUCUAGUUUGUGUACAAAGCUCAAAUAUCAGGCAAACAUUUGGGUUGAAAAGUUGAAUUAAGUGAUUUUUUUGCUGCUUUUUUCCCCUUUUUGGCCACUUUUAACCCAUUUUGCUGCUUUUUGCCUUAUUUUGCCACUUUGGCCCAUAUUUUUGUGACUUGUAACCAGUUCCUUCUGCCUUUUGCUCUUUUUGCCACUUUCACCUAUUAUUGACACUAUUUUUUUUACCACUUUUAUCUCAUUUUUGCCAAAAAAAUGGGGGUCUAAAUUGGCAAAGUUGCAAAAAUAAUGGGUGAAAAGCGGUCCAAAAGCCAAUUUAUUUGAGGUUUUGUAAACAAAUCUUCUAUUUUUUGUGCAAAACUAGAAUAUUAGGUAUAGUUUGGGAAGGAAACCUUAAUUAAGUAAAGUUUUUGCUGUUUUUUGCCCUUUUUGCCACUUUCACCUAUUUUUACCACUUUUUUGACAUUUUAUGAACAAAAAUUGAAUCAAAAUGGGCAAACAUAGGCAAGAAGUGUUUCAAAAGCUGGUUUAUUUGGUUUUUUUUAAAUCAAAUUUUCUAUAAUGAGUACAAAACUCAUAAAUAUCAGACAAAAAUUUGGAAAGAAAACUUGAAUUAAGUAGAGGUUUUGCCUCUUAAAGCCCACUCUGGCCCAUUCUAUUUGUGACUUUUGUUACCAUUUCUUGCUGUUGUGCCUAUUUUAACGUAUUCUUUUAACCUAUUCUUACCAAUAUUUUUCUACUCAUAACUGUUUUUUUUUGUUUGUUUGUUUGUUUUGCUUUUUGCCCAUUUUUGCUGCUGUCAACCCACUUUUACCUACUUUUGGCCACUUUUCCCAAAAUUGGGGUGAAAAUGGGAUUAGAGUUGCAAAAAUGGAUAAAAGGUAGCAAAAAUUAGUUAACAUUGGCUAAAAGAAGUGGCAAAAUGGUGGAAUGUGGUAAGAAUGGGUUGAAAGUGGUAUAAAUGUGUUGAAAGUGGCCAAUUAAGGCAGAAAGCAGUAAUCAGUUUUAACCCAUUACUCGACUUUCUUAAUAGCCACAGGCUGGAAACAAGGAGGAAAGAAAUCACCCCAGAAUAUGAUCUGAUGAUUUUAUAGUUGUAUGAGAAGAAAAAAAAAACAGUCACAAGAGAAUUUCCUGAACAAGACAUACUUAUGUCUAGAACAUCGAUACCUGGUCAACCACCCAAAAUGCUCGGCAAAAUCCACAUUUAACAGCUUUCUUUUUUUAUUCUACAUCAGUACAAGAGCAGCGGCCACCAUCUCUCAUUGCAUCAAACCUGUGAGUUUGAUUGUGUUUUUCAAGCAGCCAUUUCUCUCUGCAAAGCCUGCUGGGACACAGAGGGCCUGCGGGUGUUUCAUAUUAGAACAGAUUGACCCCCCCCCCGUCACAUUAGUAAGACCUGAGCACACUCGUCUAUGUCCUCAGUCCAGUACGUUAGGGGACAAUAUGGAAAAAGUCGGUCUACAACUCCACCUAGGAGAAGAGAAGCAACCAUGGCAACCACUCAUGUAGCAUGACUGAUGCUUGAGGGAGGAUGCACAAUAUUAUCAGCAUGUUGUCAGUAUAGGCAGAUACAGGCAUAAAAAGUUCAUUGAUUGUUAUGGCUAAUAUGAACAUUCCUGCUGAUAUUUACAACCGAUAUGUAUCAGAUGUAAAUAUAGGCCCAUAGCCCAACUACAACUGAAAAUAUCAGCUUAUCCUGUCUGUUAAUAUCGGCCGUAUUGAAGGAAAGUUUCAGCCUAUAUUAUCUGGAAAUUUCAGCUGAUAUCGGCUUCAGAUACCAGCCUGUCCAGCUAAAAUAUUGGUCCAUAUCGGCUGUAAGUAAAAGUCUAUAUUGGUUAUAAAUUUGAACCUGUAUCAGCUAUAUUUAUCAGUCUAUCACCUGUUAAUGUCGACCUCUGUCAGUCGUUAGUAUCAGCAUAUUUCGGCUAUAAAUAUCAGCCUAUGUGGCUCAGUAUUUUCAACUGUACUGGCCAUAAAUAUCCGUCUAUACUGACUUUAAUUAUGGACUUGUUCCGGCUCCUACUAUCAGUCUACAUUGGUUGUAGUUAUGGGCCAUCAGUAUGAAUGUGUUUUGGAGUUUAGUCAGGACUAACUGGAUUAUGUAGGCUGAAGUCUAAAAUAGGAAUCAAUCACCAGUCAGAAGUAGUAAUAGCUAAAAAUGAUAGUUAAACAUUUCAGUGCUGAUUUGUAGUUAAGGAGUGCUCUCUAGGUUUUGUUCAUGGUUCUUCUGUCAGUGAAUGAGGUCCAUUAUUCAGAAGGGACAGUCUCCAGGAAGUGACACCUGACCUUUGACUUCCCCAACAAGGAGUUGUGGCGAUUCUGGUUUCUUUACCUCCAGUCAGGCACGAGCGGAUGCACGUGACGGCUUCAGGUCGAGUCUAUGCCAGCCAACUGAUUUACCCCGACACGACCCGGCUCCGCAGGAAUGCUCUCCUUCCACCAAACCGGCUCUCUGGACUGUCUCGUGUUUAUCCGUAAUUGCAACCAGACGAGAGCCACAGCUUCCGUCGCGGCUGAAAACCCAUCCUGCCUCCUCUGAAUCAUAUCCCCUAUUUCCCCAAAUCGUCCCCCGCGGGCUGUUGAAGAUCGCUUUCAUAGUGAAGGAGAGAAAAGGCCCAGACUCCUCCCUGGCAGAGAUUCCCGAGAUCAACCGUCUUCUUCUUUGACCCUUGACUUUGGCAUCUUUGUGACUUUGGUGGUUUAGCUGCAAAAUCUCCAACACUUGAAAUAAAAAGUACAUCUCUGAAUGGCUGAGCCCGACAUCAACAGCCACAUUAAUCAGUAACCAAGCAAUUUAGAUGUAGAACAACAACAAAAGCAGCCCCUCCUAGCAUGAGUAUAAAUCAGCCCUCAAUAAAGGGCCAUGUCACCAGAGAAAUAAACAGAAAACAUCUGAAAGACAACAUUAUAGUGGUCAGAUUUGCUCGCCGAGGUGUUGAAAUGAAGGCAGUAAAUUCCCGCCAGAGAAGAAGAAAACCACAACCCACUUAUUACAUGGAAAUGUGGAAAUACAAUCACAUCCUAAUGAGGCCCAUGAAUGUUUGAACCAACAUCUGCCCUGCAUAUUGCUUCUUCUCAAACCCUGACCUUGUGAUUCCUAAGAAAUAUUUCAAGACUGUCAUUAAUUAGUUGGAGGAAAACUUAGUCACUGUGGAAUGUUUUCAGAGAGAAACCUCAACAACACGGGCCGUCUGAUGUCCAACCCAAGCACUCCAGUGUGGGGAUUUCUACACAUGCCCUUGUUGGCUUUAUUUAGCCUACUGGAUGCUCUUUCAGACCAUGUCUAUGUCCAUACCUUGGUCUGAGCUAAAGUUUAGAGAAUAAGCUGGGUUUUCUGAGCUUUUUCCAGGCGUUUAAUCUCCAACUGAUCCUCCUGACUUCCUCUGGUCCAUCCUCUCGAGCAUUUUUGGUUUCGUCUUUCUUUAAAGUGAGGAAGGAGGCAAAUGAACCACUCUCAACAGUGUUGAACUGAAUGUUAUUUAAUAGAUGUAUGGGUUGCUUCUGGGAGAUCAUCUAAGCCUUUCGUUAGCCCCUUGGUAGCCCCAUCUGUGAUUGCCCAUGUGAAUUGCAAGUAUGGAUCAGCCCCUAAGAGACCCAUAGGGGCCCCAUCUCUGGAGAUCCAAGAUAGAUCCUACUUGUAGUAGACAUGGGCAAUCACAAGGAUCUCUAGACGGGGCCCAUAUGGGUCUCUUAUGGGCUGAUCGGUUCACAUGGGCAAUCAUGGAACCCAUGGACAAACCCACUUGGGACCCAUACUGUAGCCCACAUGGACAUGCUGGCUGAGUAGUGGCCAAAUACCACGUGACCUCUGGGGAUUGCUUUUAAAAUGUUUGAAUUAAUCAGUCAGGAUCAACCUAACUAGCCAAAAGGCAUCCGACAUUGGUCGACGCCAGGACGGGAGCAGGUCGUCCAAGGCUUAGGAAGCAAAGCGUUCAAGUGCCUCCUUCAUAAGUUGCUCAUUCCUUUGGUAGAUUUGAACCACCACUUUUACACCUCGAAUCACAAGAAAACACAAGCAUCCAAGAGAUUCUUGUGAAAACUUGGCUGCCUGAACCUUUGGUUGAUUCUUUUAAGGCAGUGAUACUCAGCCUUUGGCUCUUUGUGGUGAUUUGUGACUCUUUUAUGUCCAAAUUUGAAACAUUAUUUCCAUUUGUGACAUUUCUGUUUGACUCUUUUAUCCUACUUUUUGCAUUUUUUUGCCCCUUUUCACCAAUUUAAUCUGCCUUUUGCAAUUAAGUGCCACUGAUUUCCCA